AUCUUUGACCUCACGCUGCUGAAGACAACCGAUAGCACUGACACGCAUGUCAGUUACAACCCAUUACCUAUUAGUAACACCAAAGAUUGAGGCAGGGUUUGUCUGCCAUUGUGCUAUGAGGAUCAACGCUAAUACUUUCACCAGGUUCUAGGUCAUACAAAGGACAAGGAGAGAGAGCGAGAGAGAUCGAUGGGUCUAUAUAUACACAUACCAAAAUAACACUAUAGCCACUUCUUAAAGCUUUUAUGAAUGUAAUGUCAACCAUUUCACUAAGUGUGUGUGUGUGCAUGUGUUUCCUUUUGUCAAGCACCACAUUGUGCAGAUCAUGGAACACUCUAUCACAUAAAAAGGAAAACCAUUGAGCUUUGACCCAUAAUAAAAUAGGCAUACGUCUAGUUCCAUUCUCGUAGAAACAUGGUCUUCGGUGCUAGGUCAAUUGACGAUAGGUGGAGCUGUUUGCAUAAAACAGAAACCACCUCGUUUAAAAUGGGUAGUAGCUUAUCUGUGUUAACUACUACUCCCAGAAUGCAAUUGCUUGUCUUUGUUGCCGGAAAAACUCAGCUCAUAAUGAACACCACACAUGAGCUCCAAAGUGUCGGAGAGGGGAAUACGGACAAGCACGAACCGGAGGAAACCAACGUUUGUUCACUCACACUGGGUCCGGGGUCGAUGUUGGACGGUUCCACAGUAGCUUCACGUUUUCUGCAUGUGGAAUUGGAGCUGAACAUUCACCUUCGCCGGCUAUCGUUCAGUGAGCCCGUGCACUACAUCUACAAUCCGCUGGAGUAUGCCUGGGAACCGCACCGCUGCUUCGUUGAGAGGUACUGUCGCGGCGGACAGAAUAUUCUCUUCCUUGGAAUGAACCCGGGACCCUUUGGCAUGGCUCAAACUGGGGUUCCCUUCGGUGAGGUUAACCAUGUUCGUGAUUGGCUGAAGGUCACUGGGGAGGUCGGACAUCCACCUUCGGAACACCCAAAGCGACUAAUCAAAGGCCUGGCCUGCAUUCAGAGUGAAGUUAGCGGUGCCCGUUUCUGGGGCUUCUUUCGUAAGCUUUGUGGCGAGCCCGAUAUUUUCUUCCGUCAUUUCUUCGUACACAACCUGUGCCCACUUAUGUUCAUGGGAACCACCGGCAAGAACCUGACACCGCCUGAGCUUGUGAUUGGGGAACGCAAAGCCCUCCUGGCUCUCUGUGAUACAGCACUUUGCCAAGCUGUGGCUACCCUGGGCAUCACCAUGGUGAUUGGGAUUGGAAGAGUAGCUGAGCAGCGUGCGCGGAGAGCCUUCUCUGCUGCAGGAAUGGAAGUAAGGGUGGAGGGCCUCAUGCACCCCUCCCCCAGGAACCCUCUGGCCAAUAAGGGCUGGGAAGUGGUGGCUAAGGCCAAGAUGGAGGAACUGGGCAUCCUGUCUCUGCUGAACAUCAACCCUUAGCCAAACACCCCUCCAUGAACAAAUACCUGAUUUCCUGUAUGCUGGCCUGGAGGUAUGAAUUGCCUGCUGGGACAGCUCUAGCAUCCGCUGACCCUAACCAAAUCCGAACAUUUAACGUUAAGGGGAACAAAUUAACAUUGCCUUCAGAGGACCGGGAUGUUGUAAAUGUGAUAUACUCUAUGAUCACAUCGAAGUUCCAGAGUGGGAUCUCUUACUUUUAGAGUUAUGUCAUUUGUACACAUUACCACCAUAAGAAGUGUAAUGAUUUUUAUUCCAAAAUUGUCACUUUCUGCUGGGGAUUUGCAGGACGUGGAUGGAUACUGAAUAAUACAGAUAAUGAUGCAUAUGGGAGGCUCUUUAUAGGUUACAUUGCCUGUAUUUUGCUUUGUAGCAUAUUCAAAUUAAAUAAUGAGUCUUAAAAACAAGGCUUGUGUAAAGCCAAAAUGUCACAAAUAUGCCAACUUGGAUGAAUAAUUUCUAAAUUAUACUAGUAGAUAUGGAUGCUAAAUUUGUCAAUUUUUAUCGAUUUUGUGAAAAAUCCCCCAAAACUUUAGUUCUGGUUAUAAAUGAUAUCAAUCUUCACUGCUUCAUCAGUCUGCUUUAACAUGGUUGUUUCAGACAGCACUUCCUGCUGGAACAUUUCCCCAGAGCUCUUCUAUUAGCAGGUCAACCGACAUACUGCAUCACAAUGAAUCUCCUCAGAUUUUGUUCUGUCCAUUACAGAGAAGUAGCAUAUUGCCUGGAAGCCAUUACAACACGAUUGUAAUGAAAACAUUUUGUUAAAAUUAUUUUAUUUAAUGGUAUUUUUUUUUUUAUUGGUGUAGGGUUUAUAUGAAUAAGAUUUGAUUUUGAGGGCUACAGUUGCCAUGGUUUGGUAACUACCAGGCUGUGGUGAUGGAACUGACAAGUUUCUCUGAAAAGAAUCAUAGUUUGUUUUAAGUUAAUUUCCAUAUCGCAAACCACUUUAUAUGUACAUUUAAGUUAUAAUUACAGAAAUAAUGUGUUGUAAGCUAACAAAAACUUGUGUCUGAUGUGGUCAUUAUGUCCAGCUUGUUGCCGAUUUGAAUAUUGGCUAGUUGUUUUUGUGACCAAUAGUAGCAAUGUUUCUCCUGUGGUCAUUUUAGCAGGGGUGUCAAACCGGUUCCACGGAGGGUUGAGUUUCUGCAGGUUUUUGUUUUUUCCUAUAAAUUGGUUCCCAGUUCAGGCCUGAACAACCAGAUGAAGAAACUAUUCAAUGAGUGACCUAAUUAAUCAAUCAAAUACAAGGUGAGAGCACAAACCUGCAGACCCCCGGCCCUCCAUGGAACUGGUUUGACACCUCUGAUUUUAGAAUGUGUUAAACUCUUUCACUGUCCUUAGCUAAUGCUGUAUUUCUGGAGAUAUCUUGUCCGUACCUGUAUUACAUUCUGGCAGGACUUGUGCAGGCUCUUCUGGUGUUGGCGUAGAGUAAAGAUCAAAGUCUUUACUCUAUGUUGUGUAAUUCGUUGAGAACAAAAUGACGUAACAAUGGUCAGUGGAAACCAAAAUCACCAACCGAUAGAGAGCUGGAUUCUAAGUAAA